AGGGAUAUACCAACAAGACCCAUCUUCCUCUUGACCUCUGGAAAAACGAUGGACUUGCAGCUUCCUUCUAAGUUUAGUCACUUGUGUGUGUCUGGGCACUAUGCGCUCCAAAUCGCAGCUCUUGUUUAUGUCAAUAAUUUAGGCCUGAUCCCAUCGUAACGAGGUGGCAGACCCUCGCUGCAGCUCCGCGGGUCUCCAUUGGCACUAUGCAGGGGAGCACGAUCUGAGUAUUUGCGCACGGACGCGCACGAUUACAGCGGCACCUUUCAUGUGUCCUGACUACUCGAGGCGACUUCGGGGUCAGAAACAGACGCAAUGGCGCAGGGAAGUAAUAAUCAUUUCUUAACCAUUCCCUCUCAAGAGGGUCUCUUUCGGACGGUGAGGGUCGAACGUUCCGACGAAGAGAACAACAGUUCCCCCUUUAACGAUGAAGAUGACGAAGAAACCGAGGAAGACGUCCGGAACCUACCGAGAUGCUCCCCGGUGCCCAGAAAGCGAGGACCAUCGAUUGCCGAUGAAACUGCCGAGUACAUGCGCAUUCGCCUCGCGUUACCCAACCGGAGAGUGUCCUUCGCCGACACCACGGGAGGAGGCGAGCUGGUUGAUGUCAGGAUGUUUGUACCGUUUGAUUCAGAAGAAGACGACGAAUCGGGAUGGGAGGAAGAAGAGGCGCGUUACCAAAAGGCGUACCACGAGCCCACUUACCGCGUGUUGCCAGAGUUUCAGGCGCUCACGGGAACGGAGCUGGUGCGCUCCGUCCACACCAACAAGCUGGAAGUGGAGAGCGUGACAUCUGUGCCGGAUGAGACCUUGGCUUUUGAGGUGCUGAUCCGUGUUCUCAACGUUUCUUUUCAGAAAUCGGUCUACGUUCGGUCCACUAUGGACGGCUGGAUCACUCACUUUGAUUAUCCGGCAGAGUACGUGCAGGGCUCCAACGACGACGAAACGGACAUGUUCUCUGUGAAGCUGUCCUUCGCUCCGCCGUAUCUGUUCAACGGAGCGCGCAUAGAUUUUGUGGCGCGUUAUGAGACGUCAGAUGGAGAGUUUUGGGCGAAUAACUCCGGCAAAAAUUAUUCAAUAACCCUCUUACAAUCUUACGAAGAGGACAAGACCCAGUCCACCUAUGAGGAGAAUAUUGAGCUGAGAGGUAUAUUAAAGCCUCCAAGGUACCGAGCAAACACUGAUUAUGAUGACUCUUAUGACGAAGAAGAUGCAGAUCUGCGAAGCAAUGAAUUCGAACCAGCCGAGAAUAAAACCUCUUUUGGACAACCGACUGUAGUCCAGCCGGAGAUCGACAUUGAUACUGCCAAGAAUUUGUCUAGUCCUCCUCAGUCCACCAGGUCUUUCUCCACAGCAGGAUGUCCUCUUUCUACUACAGAUUAUCUCCAAGGAGAACCACUUCCUCUAGAGUCAACAUCAUCAUAUAACUCACCCCAAACUGAAACUACAGAUGAAACUAUUCAAUCCUCAACCUUACACGAGUCUCAAUCACAAUCCACUUCACAGUUAUGUGAGUCACAAGUUAAUGUCUUUAAUGUUGUCCUUUCUAUGCCCGUUCCUACUGUAUUUGUCCACCCCUGUGAUGAAAAUGAUGAAUCUGAGGAUUCUAAUAAACCUGACCAUUCCCUUCACCCACAACAAGAUGAUAUCCAUCCUGAGAUAGCAGUCCAAGUGCCUUUUGAGUUUGGCCAACACUUGUCGGGUAGACUUUCAGAUGCACCACACAUUCAGGAAGAAUAUGAUUUAAAGAAGAAAGAUGUUGAGUGUGUACUGUCAGAAAUAGAUGGGACAGAAAUGAACGUCGUCGAAGAACAAAGUCAGAAUGUAGGAGAGGAAAAGACAGAGACUUACUUUGACAUGUUGGAAGAAUCUGUGCCGCCUCCAUUCUCAAAGAGCGUGAAGAACUAUCACACAACUGAAGAUGUGGAGGAACACCGUGUAACCAUGACUGUACACAGCUUGAUAGAGGCCCUACAGCAUCCUCUGGAGACAGGAAUUCAAGAACAGGAAGUAGAAUUUGUCUCUAUGCUCACUGCUGAGACCUCCAAGACAGUUAAAGUAAUGUUGACAGUGGAAAGCACAAAGAAGGGUGGUGAGGAAAUGGAUGGUUUGGCGGCUUCCUGUCUUAAACAGGACAGAGAAACCCAUAGCGCACCCAUCUGUCCGCCUGAAGACACUUCUAAUCAUGAGCUGAACAUCACGAUGCAAGAACCAAAUGAGAAUCCAAACAAUGGUGAGCAGGGUAUUCCCGUGUCUACUUCAAACCAUCAAACAACCACACAGGAAACGUCAGAGCUGGCCAGCGUUUCUGAAACAUCAUCUACGGCUCACGAUAUAGCCUUCUCUCCUCAACCUUCAAGUGUGCUCUCUUCAACAGAAGAGGAUUUAACCUGCCAGGGUGGUAAAAGUUCUGUCACUGCAAUUCAGACGUGUAAAGACUUAGAAACCACGCUUCCACUGCCCAGAGAAACCAGUAACAUGUCUACAGUAUCGAAGAAUGAGACUGAAGUGAUUCUGGAGAGGUGCGUGACCGCCUCUUUCACCUUCUUUAGUGCUGCUGUCUGCUUGGCUGUUGGCAUUCAGGACCCCAGCAUCUUCCUGUUCGUUGGAUUGUUCUUGAUGUCCCUCUGUUUCUAAUUUUUGGUCUUUUCUGUGUAGAUUUUCUUUUCGCCAUGCACUAUAAAAAGCCUUAACAUGUUAUAUUCUUUUCUCCAUUGUGCCUUAAUGAAUUCAAAAAAUAAUUUCAAUACCAAUGUAACCGGCGUCAUAUCUGUGUUUGUGAAGAGAUUCUGUGUUUGUCAGUUUAGGAAGUGAUUCUAUAUGAAAUUGACUAGAGUUUAUUUAUAAACAACAGUAUAUGUAAAUUUAAGCUUAUGGAGUUGUGAAUUUGAGGAGUUUUGUGGUAUUUGUAGCUACAGGCAAAUGGAAAGGGACGCAUUUGAAGUAUUUAUUGAUACACAGGGUAACUGUGAUGUGAUGGAGAAUGUUUGUGGUUUUUAUGUUUAAGACUGAAAUGAGACUGGACAAGGUGAAAUCAAGGGUAUUUUGGAGCGCUGUAAGGAAAUUAGAAACAUUUGAACCUGUUAGGGGUUUUAGGCUGGUCAAUAUUUUACGUAUAGCACAACUAUUCUUUGUGAUAAAUUGUGAUUCUGUGCAAACAUUUCAGAACUAGGCAGAGUAUACUGUGUCUUGUUGUUUUAAGCCAUUGGGUUUGUAUAUUGAUUGACUGAACUACACUGAAAAUGAAUGUGUGGCAUUACCAGAUUAGACAAAUAUUCUGCCUAUACACCUAAAAUGUUACGCCCAUUUUUCCAAAUUUACAUGGAGCGCUAAAUCCAUUUACAUCAUGUUUUAAUGAAAACAUACAGCCAGCUACUAAAGUUACGACAGUUUUUUUCUGUGAGUUUGUGGCCAAUCAUCCCACCAUAUCAUCCCAAAAGGUCACACAUUACUCUGAAGUCACAGCAUCAAAUUACUGGGUGACUAAACUCCAUUGUAAGCAGAUAUGAUAGAGCAGUUCCUUAAAGAACUUGCUUACCUCUUUCCAAACAUGACUGCAAAGUUACGAAGUCGUUUUAUUGCUUUGUUGUGUCAAUUGUUGGAUUUAAUGUCUGGAUGAGCAAACAAAACAAGCUGUAUACACAUACGUUGUGCUCAAUAGCUUCCAUUAGUGAAAAUGUGUUCACUAAGAAAACAGAGCUAUAUUUUAUCAUUUGAGAAAUAAAACUCUAUAGCUAAAUAA